AUGCCAGCCAGCAAGGGAGCGACAAUUUUUAGGCGACCGACCGAUAGCCAGGUGCCGCAUACCAGGCCGAUAUUCCCUCACGACAGGAAUCAGGAUGUCACGAAUCCUUUGCGAUGGGGAUCUGCGUUCCUGAAUCGUACUUUUUGAAACAUCCGUGACACAUGAAGUCGAAGAACAACUUCAAGUGCUUCCUCCGAUGUGCUCUGAUCAUAACAGCUUCAUCUGUUCCACGCUUCAUAAUAACCUUGGCUGUGCAUUGUGAGCCUGAGCGAAUGUGAUAUGUUUUACAAUUACAUCAGGAUCAGGUACAGCUGCUGCUUGGGACUCGGAUCAUUUCGUACCAAACGCGUCGCCCCCAGCAUCGCAGCGCAGUGAAGCAGGGUCGACCUGUCCUCUGGGAAAUCAUAGGCCCAGUCGCCCGACGAGUUCAGCAUCGCAGAACUCGAUGGGAGCGCAUCCUCGCUGGGCCGCCGAUGCUUCCAAUACGCAUGGCGGGCUAGGACAGAUUCCUCUCCCGAAGAAAUUUGAUAGGGUCAAAUGA